AUGCUUAAUUCGGUCAGGGAAAUUUUAACAAAUUUUAAAAGUUCUGAAUUAAUUAAAAAUAAGCUUAUUCCUGUUUAUGGUUUUAUACAGAAGGCAACGUCAAAUUGUUUCCAAUCAGAAGCAAGAAUGUCUUCGUUGAACUCAAAUAAAUUUAAUCUUCCCGAUAGAUUUUUGGGGAGCGAAAAAAGUGUCUGGGUAGAGUAUAUACAACUUGCAGCAGAACACAAACCUUUAAAUUUAGGCCAAGGAUUUCCUGAUUUUGCAGCCCCAGAAUAUGUAACGAAAGCAUUGGCAGAAGCGACUACUGGAUCAAAUGUUCUUAUAAAUCAGUACACUAGGGGUUUUGGUCACCCCAGACUGGCUACUGCAAUAGCUAAAUUAUACUCAAAACUUUUAGGCAGAGAAAUCAAUCCAUUUAAAGAAGUGCUUGUGACAGCUGGUGCAUAUGAAGCUUUGUUUUCUACAAUAUCAGGUCACAUAAAGCCUGGAGAUGAAGCCAUUAUAAUUGAACCUUUUUUCGAUUGUUAUGUACCUAUGGUAAAAACAUGCGGAGGAAAGCCUGUGAUGAUACCCUUAAAACCAAGAAAAACGACAACACCGAUAUCAUCGGCAGAUUGGGUUUUCGACAAAGAUGAACUAUCAAAGUUAUUUAACUCAAAGACUAAAUUAAUUAUUGUCAAUACUCCUCACAAUCCUAUUGGUAAAGUUUUCACUUUAGAUGAAUUACAAUUUAUUGCUGAUCUUUGCAAAAAGUGGGAUGUUCUUUGCAUAUCGGAUGAAGUUUACGAAUGGAUUGUUUACGAACCGAAUAAACACAUAAGAAUAGCAUCACUACCUGGAAUGUGGGAUAGAACUAUUACAAUAGGUUCCGCAGGGAAAACUUUUAGUGUAACAGGUUGGAAAAUCGGAUGGGCAUAUGGUCCUGCUAAUCUUCUUUAUAAUGCUCAAGUUGUUCAUCAAAAUUGUGUUUAUACUUGUAGUACUCCCAUACAGGAAGCUUUAGCUUCUGGUUUCGAAUUAGAAACUGAACGUUUGGGGUCAAAUGAAUGUUAUUUUAAUUCAUUACCAAAAGAAUUAGAACCGAAGAAAAAAAAAAUUGUAGAUAUGCUAACUGAAAUUGGUAUGGUACCCACCGUACCUGAAGGAGGUUAUUUUGUUGUCGCGGAUUGGAGUCCAUUGGAGAAUAAAGUUGAUUUAUCAAAAGAAACGGAUUCGUACAAAGAUUAUAAAUUUACCAAAUGGAUGACGAAAAACGUUGGACUUUUAGGUAUACCUCCAAGUGCCUUUUACGACGAUCAUCACAAACAUUUAGGGGAAAAUUACGUUCGUUACUGUUUUAUUAAACGGGACGAAAAUCUCGAAAAAGCGUCAGAAAUACUUAAAAAAUGGAAAUCGAGGCUUUAA